GUGACAAUGUCCGGCCGCGGCAAGGGCGGGAAGGGCCUGGGCAAGGGCGGCGCCAAGCGCCACCGCAAGGUGCUGCGCGACAACAUCCAGGGCAUCACGAAGCCCGCCAUCCGGCGGCUGGCCCGGCGCGGCGGCGUCAAGCGCAUCUCCGGCCUCAUCUACGAGGAGACGCGCGGGGUGCUCAAGGUGUUCCUGGAGAACGUGAUCCGGGACGCCGUCACCUACACGGAGCACGCCAAGCGCAAGACGGUCACGGCCAUGGACGUGGUCUACGCGCUCAAGCGCCAGGGCCGCACCCUCUACGGCUUCGGGGGCUAAACGUUUUGCGUUUGUCACCAGAAACCGUGCAAUUCUCAACCAAAGGCCCUUUUCAGGGCCACCUA